AGUAAGCUCAGUUGAAGUUGGCUUGGGGAGUUUUUUUUGGGAAAAACUAGUGAAUGAUGAAGUCUGUAGUUCCUAUUAUCAAGCCCACCUCUGAGUUGGGCAGAGCUGAGAAAAGGAAGACUCUCUUCAAGAGGAAAAGCAGGUACUCUUCCUACAUCUAUAAGAUGCUGAAGCAGGUACAUCCAAGAAAUGGGAGCUCCAAGGAGUUGAUCCAGAUGAAGCUGUCAUCAUCCCUGUUUGACCAGAUAGCUGUUGAGGCUGCCAGGCUUUCUCUCUACAAUAAGAGACGCACCAUCACCAGCCAAGAAGUUCAGAAUGCUGCAGCACUUUGUCUCCAGAGGGCCCACUAAACCAGCAUUCAAUGACUCCUCUAUUGUGAAUUCUGUUAACUUAAUGAAAUGUUUUUAUUUUUGAAUAAAGCUUUGAUAUCCA